UUUUUUUGUUUGUUCAUUAUACAUCUUAACCAAAAAUGAUGUCGGAAUUUUAAAAACCAAAUAAUAUCCGUUAAACUAUUUUACUUGUAGUAAAUUCAACAAGAGGCCACCACUUUUUAUUUAGCUACCCUCAAGAUCCUCAACGACCCUCUUCAAACAGAAAUAAACAUAACGUUGAUGAUUUUUCUGUUAUAGGCUCUUCAAUAACAAUCAAUCAAACAGAACAAUAUGAAACCGAGAAGAAUACAAAGGAUGCCUUUGCUGGUCGUGAUACGGUAUUUAAUAUGGACGUUUCCUUUUUAGCUGAUGCUUUAGCUCCUAGAAUACCUUUAUGCGAUCGUAAAUUUCAAUUAACUAUUGAUGAUCUAACUUUUAUUGGACAUCCCGUCAGUUUAAGCUCCAUUCAUCAAGAAACGGGUGAACAAAAAGAUGAAAUAAUGACAUCUCCUUUAUCUUCAAAAUCACCUUCACAAACACACUCACUGUCUUCGUCUACUUCUUCCUCAUCAUCCUCAUCAUCCUCAUCUUCUUCUACAGCCACAACAACAACAACAACAACAACCUCGAAUCCUUCUUCACCUUCAUCGUCUUCACCUUCACCCUCUACAAUUCAUAAACCACGAAAAAAUUCUGAUGCCAAGGAAGAAGAUAAAGAAAAAUCAAACGAUGUUCAAGAUACAAAUCGUAUAUCAACAUUAGAUUUAUUUUCUGGUUCAGUAUCGAUCCACAUGACUCUAUUUCAUGUUGUCUUUGUUAUGUCUCCACCAGAUUUAGAACUGAAUACACAAGUAGAGACUCUUUAUAAAAACGUCAUUUUACGAUAUUCAUCUGCUUUACGAUAUGAGCAACUUCGAUGUGGAUAUGUUCAAUUAGAGAUUGAAAAGAUAUUAAGUUUAAGAGAAGAAGCAUUUAAUAAAGGUAUUAACAAAAAAAAAAAAAGGAUUUUUCUAAUAAUUGAAGGCUUUUUAUCUUUUAGGUACUCCAUACAAUCAAGUCAUGAAAGAGAUUUUACGAGCAUCAUCACUAGCUAAAGACAUACGUGAAAUUUAUACAGCCAUUUCAGCUAAUAAAGCAGCCCAUGUAAUCAUUAAUGAUUUUAUUGAUCUGUCACUUCAAAUACCCAUAAUGAAUCAUGAUCGAGGCAACACUACACUUCCUGUACAUGACAAUCAAGUGGGUAUGGACGUUAUAAAGACCAGAGAUAAUGCAUCCUCAUUGAUGGAUAUUUAUAGUGUGGCUGGUUAUGAAUAUGAUAAUUAUCCUGUCAUUUGUCCAUAUCACACUUUAUUGUUAUUAGAGGACCCUGAGGAAGUUCUUAAGAAUAUGCCAUUGGAUGCAAGUCCCACUUUAGUUCAAUUAGUACAGAUCUUAACUCCCACACAAAGUUUACAAGAGCUGCAUUUUCUUUUAGAUUGUUCG